UAGCAACCGCGACUCCAGAGCGCCAUAGACGCUAUAGCGAACUGGCUCGUGCUUCUCUAGUAAAUUAGCGUUAAAUAAAAGAAAAACACUUGGAUUUCAAGUUACAUCACAUCAGAGACCGAAGGUUUUUAUACGAAAGGAUGGAUGAACAUGACAUUGAACAAGCUAUAGACGAAGAGCUGGAAAAGCUGAGUGUGAAUCUCUCUGACAUGGGCUCUGACAGUGAUGCAGACAUUGAGGAAGAUUUCACUGCAUCUAAUGAAAAGCUAGAGAAUGACCUUCCUGACUCAGUGCUUGCCUACUUUAAAGCUUCAAGUAACAGAAUGAAUUCUUUUGAGCAACUCAUCCUUGAAGAUCUUAAUGAUCUCGAGACCAUGUGUAACGAGAUGUUCAGGCCGAGUCAGCAUGCAGAUCUUCUGAAUGAACUGGGCUCGAAUUUUGACGAGGAUCCAUUAAAGCUGAAGGAAAGAAUAAUGUCUGAAAUUGAAGAGCAAGUAGGCGCCCCAUGUGAAACUCAUGACUCGAAUGGAGAUGGAGAUGAUACUGAAUAUGACACACACAAGGAUUCUGAAAGACAGUUCAUGUUUGAAUGGAGACGGCUGGAGGAGCGACUGAGGAAAGAGGAGGAGCAGAGACUGGCCGAGCUUGAGGCUGAGAGGGAGCAGUGUCUGAACUCAGCCAGAGAAGAGGAGGAGAAGAAGAGACGUAGAAGUGAGCAGUUGAAGGAGGAGCUGAGGAGGACCGAAGCGAUGAAUCAGUUUGAAUAUUUGAAACCUGUAGCUGGAGAUGGUGAAAUAAGCCAAAGUCUUCAACUUGAAAUGGUCGAACAGCAGGAGCUGAUCAAAAGAUUAGAAGAACAGAUAGCGGAGGAGAGGCGAGUUUUCGAGGAAGUACAGCAGGAAGAAGGGAGGAGAUCUGAGGCACGGUGCACUGCAGCAGCCACGAAGUUACAGGCAGCUUUCAGAGGGACACUGGUGCGUUGCUGGAGCAAAAAAGAGCUGACCAAGCGGAGAGAAGAGGAGAGGAGGAGACAGGAGUUGAGGAAAGAAAGGGAAAGGAGGAGAGAGAGGGAGGAAAGGAUGAAGAUGGAGUGGGAGAAUGAGAGAAGGAGGGUGGAGCAGGAGGAACAGCGUCACAGAGAAGAGGCAGAGAGGAGAAGAGCUGAGUACGAGAGAGCCAAGGUACAUGAGCGUCAUCGCCUGGAGAGAGAGCACAAGCUGGAGGAGCAGAGAAGAAAAGAAAAGGAAGAAGCAAAGAGGAUAGAUGAUGAAAGGAAAAGAAAGGAGGAGGAGGAGAAGCAGAAGAGGAUGGAAGACAGGAGAGUAGAAGAGGAAAGGAGAAAAGUACAGGAGGAGGAGGAGAAGAAAAUUAAAAAUGAGGAAAAAGCAAAAAGAACUGAGGAUGAAAUAAAAAGAAAAGAUGAGGUGGAAUCAUCAGGAGGAAUGGAAGAGAGUAGAGUAGAAGAGGAGAGGACAAGAAAAGAAGGAGAAGAAGCAAAGAGGAUUGAGGAUGAAAGGAAAAGAAAGGAGGAGGAGGAGAAGCAGAAGAGGAUGGAAGAGAGGAGAGUAGAAGAGGAGAGGAAAAGAAAAGAUGGAGAAGAAGCGAAGAGGAUUGAGGAUGAAAGGAAAAGAAAGGAGGAGGAGGAGAAGCAGAAGAGGAUGGAAGAGAGGAGAGUAGAAGAGGAGAGGAAAAGAAAAGAUGGAGAAGAAGCAAAGAGGAUUGAGGAUGAAAGGAAAAGAAAGGAGGAGGAGGAGAAGCAGAAGAGGAUGGAAGAGAGGAGAGUAGAAGAGGAAAGGAGAAAAGUACAGGAGGAGGAGGAGAAGAAAAUUAAAAAUGAGGAAAAAGCAAAAAGAACUGAGGAUGAAAUAAAAAGAAAAGAUGAGGUGGAAUCGUCAGGAGGAAUGGAAGAGAGGAGAGUAGAAGAGGAGAGGACAAGAAAAGAAGGAGAAGAAGCAAAGAGGAUUGAGGAUGAAAGGAAAAGAAAGGAGGAGGAGGAGAAGCAGAAGAGGAUGGAAAUCAGGAGAAUGGGGGAGGAAAAGAGGAAGGUACAGUUGGAGGAGGAGAAGGAGAGAAAAGAAGUGGAAGAAGCAAAGAGAACUCAGGAUGGAAGAAAAAGAAAGGAAGAGGAGAAGCAGAGACGAAUGGAAGAGGGGAGAGGGGAGGAGGAGAAGAAAAGAAAAGAAGAGGUAGAAGAAAAGAGGACCGAGGCUGAAAUAAAAAGAAAAGAGGAAGAACAGAAAAUGAUGAAUGAAAAAAGAGUGGUAGAAGAGAUUAGAUUAAAGCAAAAAGAACAAGUUAAAAAGAAUGAAACUGAGCAAAUGCAGAAAGAGCAAAGAAAGGGACAGGACUUCAAAGGAGAGGAAAUAGCAAUGAAGAGAAAUGAUGAUAGACAAAACAUGGAGGAAAGAAGUAGAAAUAUAAUUAAGGAAAAAGGAUCUGGUGAUCAGAGAGAAAAUCCAAAGACUGACAAGGAGAGCAAGAAUACUACAAAAUGGGGAAAAGAUGAGGAAUUUGGUGAUAAUGUAUCCCAGCUACUUCUUUCUCAGUCAGUCAAUAUGUCCAAAAGUUUCUUGCCCAGGACUCUGUCCUCUAGAAAUGGGCAAGACGAGCAGCUCAGCUGUAACCUAGUAUCACCCCGGCCCUCUCCAUCUACUGAUAACAGCAGUGUAACUGUGAGUCCAUCUGAAGAGAAAAGAGUAACGGACACCAGAGGGCCGCAGUGUGCUCUGGAUGACUCGAGCUCUGCAUGUCUGCCUUACAACACUGAGCAGAAACGAUUAGCCUGGAUGAUGACCUGCGUAACCUGGUCCAAGCUCUCCAUGCAGAACAAGAGGAAGGGGCUCAGUGCUCCACCCAGGAGGAGGGCACAUAGGAGAGCUUCAGGACAUAGCCUGCUACCUUUACCUGUGGGCGCCAUUCUCAGGUCCGGAUCCUGGAGCUCUCUUAAACAGGUAACUUCAGUAACUCUGGAGGAUUUGUCCGGCUGCAGUCUCUCCACACUGUCUGAGUGCACUAGACUGCAGAGUCUGACGCUCCGGCGAUGUAGCCUACGGGCCCUUGAUGGACUUAACCAGUGUACUGAACUUCAGCAUAUUGACUUACAGGAAAACGAUAUAGCAUAUGUUGACUGUGGGGGUCUGGCCAGACUUGAGGUCCUGCUGUUGGGAAGGAACCAGCUUACGAGUAUCCACGGUCUGGACGAUGCUGUUAACCUGACUGUGCUUCAGCUUUCCCAUAACAUCAUCUCCCGCAUCAGUGGUUUGGGAUCUCUGAAAAAGCUUCACCGUCUGAUAGUUCAUCAUAACCAGUUGAUCAGCACGAGGGGACUCAGUGAAGCUUUCACGCUUUUGCACCUGGAUUGCUCGUAUAACCACCUCAGCCACAUCGAAGGCCUGGAGAACUGUGCACUGCUUAACACGCUGGACCUGAGAGGAAACAACCUGACAGAGUUGCCUGUGCUUAAGAACCAUGUCCUGUUGAGGGAGCUAUAUCUGGAUGAUAACAGCAUCUGCUCUCUGCAUGGCUUGAAUAGCUGCUGGCUUCCUCUGCUGCGCUGUCUGUCUGUGCCUCAGAACAGUAUCACACUGCUACCACUGCUAGUGGACUUGCUUUCAUUGAAGACACUUAAUGUUAGUCUCAACUGUCUCUCAGAGCUGAGGAACAUUUGUAUGAGUCUUCAGGGAUGCACUCAUCUUCAGGAGCUUAGCAUGACUAACAAUCCUGUCCAGCAGGAGAAUAACUGGAGGUCUUCUGUUCUGGCAGUAAAUCCAAGCUUGAUAAAGCUGAACGGAGAGCAAACCGGCGCCUCAGGAAAACUCUCUGCAGACUCAACACAGCUGUGGAGCUUCCAGGCCCUCUGCCAGGCGCACCAAGAUCAGAUUGACUCAGUACUACAGAGACACAGUGUGGAGAUCAGCUCAGCUCCAUCUGCACUGCAUGCUCAGCUCUUGGUUGGUAAGCAUGCUGCUGAGCUGUUCCAGUUGGCUGAAGAGCAGCGCUAUGCUCAUGAGUAUGGAGACAGCUGUGUCUGCGAGACAGCCAUGCAGGAACCUGUGGCCUCCAGAAGCCUGCAUGAAUUAUCUGCCUUGGAUUUAACACAGGAGAAAAGUGCUGAGGCCAAAACCCAGCAACCAGCAGAGCACAAGACUCUGAGCUGGCAAGCACCAUAUGUCCAGAAUGUUACCCAUAACUGCCAGUCUCCAUAUGGUGACUAUAAUGUUGGUUGUGCAGGUAGCUGCAUAAGUCCUACUCAGCAAUUCAGGGACACACAACCGAGUGAAGACAGAUCCAGCAGAUAUGGUGUCCAGGCAUCCAGGGUGGACCUCAAAACAGUGGCAGUUAUGGUGAUCCAGCGCCACUGGCGUGAACACAGACAGAGGAGAUGCACGGGCCAUUUAGGGACACCUGCAAAAGCUCAUACAAGAUUGAGUCCUCCAAGAAAAGUGAAAUCCUGCAAAACAAAGCCUGAGUGUCUUAAUAAAGACUACGCUGCUUCUGUCAUUCAGGCAGUAUGGAGGGGCUACGCACUACGGAAGAGGCUGACUCGUGCUCUCAUGCUUGCCCAGAUAUCAGAGGGAGAUGAGCCCUUUGAGGAGGUGGACAUGGAUGAAUUCAUUUUUGAUGAGGAAGCCAUGGAGAAGGACUGGAUUACUCUGCAUUCUGACAUGUCGCCGUCCUCAGUGCUGCCGUAUUCAGAACAGCUGCCGCUGCCAAAGCCUCUGCUUCCUCUGCCUGAGCUUCAUAAAAGUGUAUCCGUGGAGCCAUUUAAGCUCAGACAGGCCUGGAUUAGUGGUGAGGAAGCCCCAGUGUCAGAGCAGAGUCCAUCAACUGAUCCAAGCACAAGAAUGCGAUCUCCUGCAUCAAGACUAGGAAAAUAUUCUUUAUCAGAAAAAUCUGAGAAAAUCCUGGAAGAAUGGGGUUUUAGCAGUUUCUCCACUGCCCUUCUUAUGCUAAAAAGGGCUCAGAGGAUGAAGGCCGGGAAGCAGCAGCAUCCGAGAAAAUUACAGUAUCCAGCGGUACGUUUUACUUUGUUCAAGAACCACGACAUGCGGCCUGUGGAGACGGCGAUCCAAAGAUCCAGACCUGAAUUCAGAGAGGAAAUUAACGAUGGCAGAGGAGACGUGAGUGUUCAGGAGGCACUGAGAGGAGAGCCAGAGCAAACCCAGACACGUCACAGAACCUACCAGUGGCUCCAAACACAAGCCGUGCCGUGCCGGAGAAGCUCUGCCUCCUCCGUGAGUGAUCAUUUCCUGCCGGAGAUUGACCCUGAAAUUCUGAAUGGUGGAAGGGUUCAGCUUGUGGCUUCUACAGGGUACAGAGAAUCUCCAGAUUCAGCCAUGAGGCUGUGGAUUGAUGGUGCUGGUUUCUCUUCAUCUCAGAACCACCAGGCUCACACUCGGACACACUCGGCUGGACAUGCAAAGAAAGAAAUGCUGUCUCCUCAAAGAGUCACCUUGGCUCCAUCUCAAAAGGAGAGAAUCUCAUUCCGAGAUAAUCCAGUGCUGCUGAGUGGAGGCUGGGGAGGAGGCAAGAAGAGGUCUAAAGCAAACAAGUUAAAAUAACCUUACUGCAAGAAAAAGACAAUAAUUUUUCCAAUGCCUUGUACAUUUAUUUACACGUGGUUGUAUGCAUGUUCUGAGAAUGAUGGAUGUGUUUUUUUUUUUUUUUUUUCCGCUAAAGCGCUUUAAACCCUAAUAAGCUCUAAUAAGCCUUACGACGCACAUUCAGUCUCCUCUGAAAUUUCCUGCAGCUUCUGUUUCACUAAAAUUCAGCUUCUUCCGCUGUAAAUUAAUUAAAAGCCUUGGAUGAGGUAUAACCCAAAUAUCUGCA